AUCAAGACACAGUAGUGUUGGUAGCAGUAGCAAGCUGAGCUCCAGCUGUGUUGUUAAGCGCAGCAGUAGCGUGGGAAGUGGUGGUAGGUUAAGUAGUUCAGGUAGCGGCGGCAGGCUCAGCACUUCACCAGCGAGUCACAGCAUUAGCAGCUCUGGGAGAUACACUAGCACCGGUAGUGGUGAAUGGAAACCAGUUUACAGUUCAGCUAGUGGACGGAAGAGCAGCAUGGGCAGCACAGGGAGGCCGACCAGCAGCCAAAGAGCACCGAGUCCUGGGGGGAGGAUGGGGUCCAGUGGGGGUAGUGGUGGGUGGCUGAACAGUUCUUCAGCAAGUGGGAAUCGAAUUAGCGGCACCGGUAGCGGGUCUAAACUCAACAAUCCGGGGAGCAAUGACAAAAUUAGCAGCCGAGGUGGAGGAAUUAUCAACAGCUCCUCAGGGUCAGGGAGAACCAAUAGCACGGGGGGGCGGGUCAUCAGCAGCAGUGACCGGCCAAUCAGGAGCACCGGCAGUGGAGCCGGAGGGCACAAGGAGAGAAUCAGCGUUUGUAAGAUGGCGGCGCUGUCAAUCUCUGCAGCUGGGAGGGAGAGAAGUAAGGAUAAAGGAAAACAAGAUCAGAGAUCGCAACAACAACCCCAACAGGCUGCAGCUUCGUCUCCUCUCGUCCAGCGAUGGCUGACCUCAGCUGACCCCUAGAGCCUCGAUGACAUCAUGCAUCUCUGAUUGGCUAAUGGGAUGGCUUUAAGGCGAUCGUAUUCACAGUACAAUCUGUCCAAACAUAAACUUUUAAAAGAACACAGAACAUUUAUCAGCUUUAAUAAUACAAAUACAAAUUUGAAAAAACAACUACAGCUAUCAGGUAAAUGUAAUGUAGUAAAACAACAACAUGUCCCAAGGAAAUGUAAUAAAAUAAAUGUAGAUUAUAGAAAAAUGUACUUUCCACCACAUACAAACAGUAAAAAUGACUCGACUAAGUGUUCCUAAUUAUUCACCUUUAAUUCCAAAGAAUCUGGAAUGCAUUUAACAUCAUAAUCAGCAGUUGAAUUGUAAUUUCUCUACAGUUUUUACUCACUUUAUGUCACCCGGUGUAUUGUCUGAGCUGUUCUGCCUCUUCAUUGGUAUAUUUCUGGUUUUGGUGUCACCAACUUCAACAUUCAGCCCUGACUGCAUUUCUUUAGUUUGAUUUCAAAACCUGAAGCUGUUUUGAAUUACUAAAUUGUAUUGAAUUAUUUUCGAUAUUACAUAUGCACGUGUGCUGGUGGACUGUGAUCAAUUUGUAUAUUUUAAUCUACAAAUAAAGCUGAUAU